CGAAGGCACAUAAAGGGUGCUCCCUCGGCUAGGCGUUGUCGCAGGCCCCAGACACCCCACUUCAUGCACUUCACGACGGCCCAGUCUGUCAGCCCCCGUGCUCUUUAUCUGCCCGACAGCGCGAACGCAGUCGAUGAAGGAAAAGGAAAGAACGAGUGCCCAUCCCCUGUCAUUCACGGCGUGCCGGUUUCUCCAAGGACGCCAAUAUAGUUGCGCCACGCGCACCUAAUUAUCGUUUUCGCGCGGGUUUCACGGAUGUGGUGAAACGUUGUUCGUGCCACUCGAUAACGAAACCGUUUGCCAAAAAGUGGAGGUUGUGAUCUCAAGUCAGACAUAUUGCGGAGCGAGCAACAAAGGAAAAGCCUUCAGCAUUUGCUCUUCAGAUCUCGCCGUUUCAGCAGACACAUCAAUUAUGGUUGAUUAUCUCACGGCAACCGGUGUCCUUGAACUUGCCACGUGCUUUGUCCAUGGCGCUGCAUUGACUCUCGUCAGUGCUCUUCUAUUCGUUGGAGUGAUCGCCUGGAUUGCCCGAAGGGUACACUGGCGAACUUACAAGCAUCUCAAGCACCUACCUCACCGCAAAGAGCAGGUGCCUUUUCAAGGACUAUGGAUAAUGUUCAAGGCCUCCUCACCAUCCGACUCACCCAUCGGAUUCAGCACGUUGAUCUUCUCCGCAAUUUGCGGCCUCCAUGCCAGAUUCCAGAGGUUUGGCAGACACCUGGUCUACGCAGGAUUCACGCCUAUACUGACGAUGUACAAAGCUGAAUAUGUAGAGGAAAUACUGUCGAGCAACAAGCUUUUGGCGAAAGGCACCCAAUAUAACCUUCUGCACAGUUGGCUUGGAACUGGUUUGCUCACAAGCUCAGGUGACAAGUGGCGUUCACGGAGGCGUCUUUUCACACCAGCGUUUCAUUUUAAGAUACUGGAAGACUUCUCAGCCACAAUUAAUGCCCAGUCGUUCAUUCUCUGCGACAAACUGGAAAAGCUCUCUCAGAGUAAAGCCAACUUCAACAUCGUUCCCGAGGUCACCCUUUGCACUUUGGACAUUAUCUGCGAAACAAUUAUGGGAACGUCCAUAUCAGCUCAGAGCAAUGAGAACAGCCCAUACGUAGCUGCUGUAAACAGACUUGGAGAGCUAUUUUUGGAGAGAACUAUGAAGCCUUUACUGCACUUCGACUUUGUAUACAACUGUACAGCUUCUGGCCGGGAGUUCAACAAAUGUCUCAAUGUGCUUCACUCAUUCACCCGGAGGGUGAUUGAAGAGCGAAAGAAAGAGUUGGAAAAAGAGGUCAACGAAGGAACCAGAAAGCUCGACCACUCGAAUGAAUCUGAAGCUAUGGCCAAAAGAAGGAGGCCUUUUCUGGAUCUUCUCCUGGUAGAACAUCUUAAGAAUGACCAGUACAUCACUAAAGAAGACAUACGAGAAGAGGUGGACACCUUCAUGUUUGAAGGUCACGAUACAACAGCGAUGGGGAUCAGCUGGGCGCUUUUUCUUAUAGGUCACCAUCCGAAGGAACAACACAAAAUUCACGAAGAACUAGACCAAAUCUUCGAAGACGACAAAGAGCGUCACGUCAGCUUCUCAGACAUAAGACAGAUGAAGUACCUGGAGUGCGUAGUCAAGGAAGCUCAGCGCAUAUACCCGUCUGUGCCAAUGAUUGGCAGAACAUGCCAGGAACCAUUUGAAAUCGAUGGAGCCACUCUGCCUACCGGAACGAUAGUUCAAAUGUCAGCCUAUUUCUUGCAUCGGGAUCCCGAGGUAUUUCCUAAGCCGGAAGAAUUCCACCCAGAGAGGUUCCUCCCGGAAAACUCCAAGGGAAGGCACCCGUUCGCUUACGUUCCAUUCUCUGCGGGACCACGAAACUGCAUCGGACAAAAAUUUGCGCUCACCGAAGAGAAGAUAGUCCUUGCGAACAUUCUGCGACGCUUCACAAUCAAAUCAUUGGAUCAACGAGACCAAGUCGAGAUGGUCACUGAAAUGGUGCUCAGGCCUAGGAGUGGACUCCGAAUUAAGUUCACUCCUCGUUAUGCCUCCGGGCAGGAUCAUCUGUGUCAGCACCUACAAAUGUCGUCUUUCACGUCGUGUUACACCUCUGGCUUCCUGGGCUUGAAUGGUGUGGCUGGAGUGGCAUCAUGCCUCGCUGUGGUUCUGGCAUCGAGCAUAGGCCUAGUGGCCCUAAUGGUCGUGGCGUUCCUAUUUACAGUGAAGCUCAGUCAGUUGAGGGCGCUUCGAACACUAAAGAAUGUUCCGCAUAGACGUGAGCCUGUGCCUUAUAUGAACUUGUUUUCGCUAAUUAAAAGUUGCUCACAAGGAGGACCAACGUGGUUGAGCGCAGCUCUCUUUGGAGCCACCGUUGGUUUUCACAAUGUUCAUAAAAAGUGUGGAAUGCAUUUGUUUUUUAUUGGAGCCAGGCCAUCAGUAAGCCUCCAGAAAGCAGAGUUUGUAGAGGAGGCGCUUUCAAGCAAUGCAUUGCUCGCCAAGGGACCAGAGUAUACAUUCCUACACAGCUGGUUGGGAACUGGUCUGCUCACAGGCACAGGGAACAAGUGGAGAACAAGGAGACGUAUGUUUACUCCAGCAUUCCACUUUCGCAUUCUCGAAGACUUCAUCUCGACUAUAAACAAUCAGUCAACUAUAUUAGCUGACAAGCUUGGAAAAAUGUGUUCACCCGGCAAGCGCACCGAUAUCGUCCCGCUGGUCACGCUGUGUACCUUAGACAUUAUUUGCGAGACGAUAAUGGGGACAUCGAUUGAAGCACAACAUGAUGAACACUCGCCAUAUGUAAAAGCUGUGAACAGACUGGGAGAGCUAUUUAUUCUACGAAUGAUGAACCCAUUUCUCAACAGUGAGUUCAUCUUUAAGCGCACAUCCCUCGGCAAGGAGUAUUACGAGUGCCUGCACACGCUGCAUACAUUCACAAGAAAGGUGAUAGCAGAAAGAAAGCAGUUCUUGCAGAAGCAACAGCGCCUCGAAGAUCAGAACGAUGCUGAUGAUGACAUCGGAAAGCAGAAAGGGAGAAGGCCGUUUCUAGACCUCCUCAUUACCGAACACUUGAAAGACUCAACGUCUAUUAGUGAAGAAGAUAUGCGGGAGGAAGUGGACACAUUCAUGUUCGAGGGACACGACACAACGGCAAUGGGAAUCAGCUGGGCUUUGUUUCUCAUUGGCCACCAGCCUGCUGAGCAGCAAAAGAUACACGACGAACUGGAUGCAAUCUUCGGAAAUGACAAGCACCGUCCAGUCACGUCCGACGAUUUGAAGGAAAUGAAGUAUAUUGAAAGCUGCAUAAAGGAAGCGCAGAGAUUGUACCCAUCUGUAAGUUUCCUAACGAGAACGUGCGAAGAGCCGUUUAAAAUAGGUUCCGUAACCUUGCCUGCGGGAACAAUUGUAAGAGUGUCUGUGUACAGUCUUCACCGAGAUGAGAAUGUCUUUCCGAAACCAGAAGAGUUCCACCCAGAAAGAUUUUUGCCAGAAAAUGCAAAGGGCAGACAUCCUUUUGCUUACAUUCCUUUCUCGGCUGGUCCUCGUAACUGCAUCGGUCAGAAGUUCGCCUUGUCUGAAGAGAAGAUUGUCAUCGCUAAUGUACUACGUCGCUUCAAGCUCAAAUCGCUCGAUCAGCGAGACCAAAUCAACCUGGUCUCAGAAUUGGUUCUUAGGCCAAAGAGUGGCUUGAGAAUACAAUUUACUGCUAGAUGAUGACCCAGUUACUGCUCGAAAACACAACUGUCAACUAAUAUUUUCGCGUAUGUGCCUGCGUGUGUACAUGUAUGUCCAAGGCUGGUUUCACGCCGCGAUAAAACUGUGGGUAAAUUUCAGCCGCAUGCCCCUCCCCCUCUUCAGACCACCUUAUCUUCUUGUAGGCCCAUAACUACUCUACUUGUGUCGUAAUCUUUAUAAUCAAUAUAUCAGCAGUGCGCGAAAAUUACCACUUUGUCAGUGAAGAAUUUCCUCUGAAAAAGAAAUGUCGAUUCAGCACUCAUAGAAUUUUAAAGCAUUUGUGUUCAAUUUCAUUUCAAAUGGUUCAGAUUUAUUCAAAGCGCCUCUGUUGCCUACAUUCAGCUCUAUGCGUCGUUAAAGGCACACAAAAUUCAACAUUAAGUUCAUGUUGAUUGCAAAAAUAGCAGUCCGAAAACCUCGUUGUGCUACGUUUAUGCCAAGGAAAUCCUAUUUUUGAAAUAAAAUCACGUUGUAGUGGUUCGCA